AUGUACUUCUUCCUAUCUAAUCUAUCAGUCUUGGAUAAUUUGUAUGUCUCUACAACUCUUCCAAAACUGCUGUAUAUCACCAACACAGGUUAUCAUUUUGUGUCUUACAAUGCCUGCAUGGCCCAGCUGUAUUUUUUUUUGUUCUUUGCUGACACAGAGUCCUUCUUGUUGACCACAAUGGCCAUUGACCGCUAUGUAGCCAUAUGCUUCCCUCUCCAUUAUGCACUCAUUAUGAGCAGAAGGGUUUGUGUGCUCCUAGCAUUUCCUGCCUGGUUUAUGGCCGCUGUCAAUGCGCUCAUUCUUACCUGCUUUGUACAUGACUUAACAUUCAAAGGAAUCAAAGUAGUUGACAAUUUCUUCUGUGACCUUAAAGCCCUUAUCACUGUCUCUUCCAGUGACACGUAUUUCUUGAGAGGAUUUAUUCUUGUAGAUGGCAUGUUCAUUGGGGCAGUUCCAAUGCUUUUGAUUUUGACUUCUUAUGCCUGCAUUAUUUCCACCAUCCUUAAAAUUAAAUCCUCUGUUGGAAGGAGAAAAACAUUCUCCAGUUGUACCUCCCAUAUCAUUAUUGUUGUAGUAUACUAUGGCUCAGCUCUAUGCUUGUACAUGCAAUAUUCCCAGCAGCAAGACAAGGUUUUCGCAAUCAUGUUUGUAACUUUGGUGCCCAUGCUGAACCCAAUAGUGUAUAGUUUGCGGAAUAAAGAUAUCACAAGAGUCAUACAGAAAACUUUGAAUAAUAUCAGGACUAUGCCUGCGGCCUAAAUUUGUGAGUUGCGAGAUUACUGGGCAAGACGUCAGGUGGGUAUUGGAAAUGAAUGCUUCUGAAUAUGCCACCUUCACUUUUUUAUACACACAA